AUGGCGUUCUGGAGGUUGCAAAACCCAGGAGGCGACAAGCCGCAGCAAACCACUACCCUGCUGAAUGGCAGCACCAGCGACAGCUUCUCCGCCAUUACACGAUAUAGCGACUUGGACGCACACAACACCUACGCCGGCCUCGGCAAAUGCGGCCUCACGUACUCGGACCGCAAGCCCACACGGCUCCUCCGCAUCCUCUCCGGUCCACACGUCCAGCUGGUCGAUAGCAACCGGCUCGAGGAGCAGACGGGCGCGAACGACGAGCUGGGCGCGAUUGAGGCGAGGACGGUACAAGCGGCAAAGACGCUGCGCGCCACCCUCGAGAGCCGAUAUCAGCUGUUUGAAUACGAGACCUUCCCGGUCAUGGUGCGCAAUAAGCUGGUGGUGGUGGGACCGCGCCUCGCCUGGCUAAAGAUAGACGAAAGGUGCCGCAUCGGCAACAACUGGCUGACCGUGAGCCCGACGCCGCUCCCCAAGCUCAUUUCGCAUCCUCUGCUGGUGCUCUGCGACUGGACACUGCAAGAGGAGUUCCGUGCGCAGGCCUGGGCGCCUCGGAGCAAGAUCCUUCUUGGACUUGCUUGCUCCUCUUUGUCUUGUGCUCAAGCAAGCUUCAAGAAGACGGACGCGGUGGUCCCAGUUAUGUUGAUGACUGGCGAGCGUCAAAAGGGUCGCGAAGAGCUUGCUGCUGUGCAAGGCGUAAUCGUAGCCGAUUCGAAAGAGAGAAUGAAGGCGAGAUGGACGCCCUAUGAGGCUACAGCCUUCUGCAAAUUGGGUGAAGAUUUCUUGUCCACGGCGAAAAGGUCUUGCGGCAGCAUCUGA